AUGGCGAAGCUGUACGUGUUACUGGCGCUUCUCUGUGCGAUCACUUCAUCGUUGGCCGUAACAGACAGGGAGAUUGAAGAGUUUUUGGAUGUCUGCAUCGACUCGAAGCACCAUAAAGAGAAACCAGGGCCUGAAGCUGAUGUGUUUAAUCAGACUUUCCACUGCACGCCGUGGAAGAACCACGCGUGCUGCACAGCGAACACGACGUUUAAUAUCAAAAAAGACGGCGUGUUCUCUCUGUACCGCAUGCAUUGGGAUCAGUGUAACACAACCAUGUCACCGAAGUGCCGCCGAUUCUUCGAAGUGGAUACAUGCAUGUAUGAAUGCUCUCCAUACAUGAACCCCUGGAUUGCGCGUGACACUGUGUCGAAGGUAACGCGAAAGGAACGCUUUCAAAAUGUUCCUAUGUGCAGCGAAGAUUGUGAUGCGUGGUUCGAAGCUUGCAAAGAUGACUCCACCUGCUCGGAUAACUGGGGGGAUCAGAAAACUUGGAACUGGACGAAGCAAGGAAACAUGUGUAAGAAGCCAUGCAAGACCUUCAAAGAAUACUAUGGUGAUGCGAAAACGUUCUGCAAUAGGCUGUUUAACUACUCGUGGAAAUACACCGAAGGCGUCAAAGGUGAAGAUUGCAUGACUCUGUGGCCAAAUGGUACAACAAACAUCAACAGAAAGGUUGCUGAGAAAAGAGCUAGAGAGAUAAUUUUGACAAGGUCUUCAGCAUCCAAGCUAGCCUCAGGCUUCAGCGCAUUAAUUUUACUGAUAGCUGCUACAGUGUACUUGAUUUAA